AGGCGGCUAACUAUCGUUAGCUACCGGGAGCGGACAUGUUGUACCGACCAUUUCCUUGAAUAAACAUCGCUGUAAGCGGGGAAUCGGGAGUUAAGGAGACGGCUCGGUGCGUUGGGCAAUCAUGGAUGCCGUCAACGCCUUUAACCACGAGUUAUUCUCGUUGAUGGACUCCAAGCCCCCAAUCUCCCGGGCAAAGAUGAUCUCCAUUACAAAAUCAGCCAUCAAAGCUAUGAAACUCUACAAACAUGUGGUCCAGAUUGUGGAAAAGUUUAUCAAAAAGUGUAAGCCUGAGUACAAGGUAGCGGGCCUGUAUGUGGUAGAUUCCAUUGUUAGACAGUCCAGACACCAGUUUGGAUCAGACAAGGACGUGUUUGGCCCAAGGUUCACCAAAAACAUAACAGGAACCUUUGAGAACCUCUGCCUUUGCCCAGUAGAGGACAGGAGUAAGAUUGUGCGGGUGUUGAACCUGUGGCAGAAGAAUGGGGUGUUUAAGAUUGAGGUUAUUCAGCCUCUCCUGGACAUGGCAGCAGGCUCUAGCAGUGCUGCUGCACCCUACACAGGCUCAGAUGACCCAGGUUCUUCCCCACCUCCAGCCAAAGAGCCAGUUACUGCGGUAACGACAAACUCCACCAUGCCAUCCACCACUCAGCUGCAAAACUCUGAAGCCUUUGCUGCUGUGGCACAGCUCUUCCAGUCCACACAGGGUCAGCAGCUUCAACAGAUGCUCCAGAACUUUCAGCAGCACCCUGUGAAGCAUGACACCAACACUCAACCUGCUGCCCAUGCCCACGCCCAGAAUGUCACCCCUGGCCUGGGCAUGGUCCCUCCGCAACCGCCCAUGGGUGCUCCGCAACCGCCUCUGCCCACCCAAUCGGCCCAGCAGAAGGCAGCCUUCGACAAGAAAUUGCUGGAUCGUUUUGACUACGACGAUGAACCAGAAAUUGGAGAAGAGGCAAAGAAGGAUGAAAUCUUAUCACAGCCCCCCUUUAUGCAGCAGCCUCCAGCCUUUCCACAGCAUAUGGAGCACUUUAAACCACAGAUGAUUAAUAUGAUGCAAGACCUCCCACAGCAGGUCCCUCUCCCUCCUAAUGGUCAGCUCCAGGCUUAUGGUGUACCGCCAGGACAAAGUUUCCCAGUUAUGAUGCCUCCUAUGGGGCAUGCUUUGCAAGGACAGCCCCUCCCUGGUUCUGCGGGUCCUCCAGGCUUCCCAGGGGUAUACCCCCCCCACAAUGCCGCCCAGCAACAACAGGAUUUGUCGAUGGACAUGGACCGAUCAUCUAUGAGGGAUGGCAGACACGGCCGGCGAUCUAACUCAGGAUCCAGGUCUCCAAAGCGGAGGAGGUCGCGGUCUAAUUCCCGUACACGACGAUCCAGGCACAGGCGAUCGCGCUCCCGCUCCAGAGACCGGCGUCACCACUCCCCACGCUCUCGCUCUCGAGAGCGCAGGGAGAGAGAGAAAGAGAGAGAGCGACGGCAGAAAGGCCUUCCGCCACCCAAGAACGACACACUGAGCAUUUGCAGUACAACUCUCUGGGUGGGUCAGUUGGACAAGAGAACACAACAGCAAGAUGUUGCCUGUUUACUGGAGGAGUUUGGGCAGAUAGAAUCCAUCAAUAUGAUUCCUCCACGUGGCUGUGCCUACAUUGUCAUGAUACAUAGGCAAGAUGCCUUCAGGGCUCUACAGAAGCUUAGUAGAGGAUCUCACAAAGUGAACCAGAAAGCCAUCAAGAUUGCUUGGGCUUUGAACAAGGGCAUAAAGCCUGAGUUUAAACAGUACUGGGAUGUGGAGCUGGGUGUCACCUAUGUACCGUGGUCCAAAAUCAGAGAGGCUCAGUUGGAGGAGAUAAAAGAAGGAGGAGUAUUGGAUGCAGAUACCUUAUCGCCAGAGUGGAGUGGAGCCAGGAAGGCUCUUGGCCUCCUGGAGGAACUCACCCACAAUGGCCGUUCGGAGCCACAGCAGCCUGAGGAAACACAAGUAGUGUUACCUGUGGCAGCUGCAGCUGCUCCUCCUGCACAGGUUCCUCCAAUGCAGCAGCCAAUGGUUGGUGUGGGUUCUCUCCAGCCUCCCGUCUUUUCUGGUCCCAUAGGCAUGCCUCCGCCUUCCUUCCCCCCAGGCGUCCCCCCUCCUCCUUUCAUCAGACCUGGCUUCAACCCCAUGCAGAUGCCUCCAGGUUUUCCUCCCCCAGGUGCCAUGCCUCUUGGUCCCCCACCUCCCUCAAAAGGUGGAGUGGAAGACUCGCCUCUGGAUCCAGCGGUUUUGGGUAGCAGGAAAAGUGACGAGGUCGCGGAGGGUCACAACAUCUUCAACAACCAGAUGGGACCUCUGGGUAACCAGUUAGGCGUUCCUCCAGGUGUUCUUCCAGGUGGACCUCCAGGUGUUCCCCCAGGAAACAUCCCACCUGCUUCUGGUGGUCUGCUUGGAGCUCGGCCCGGUAUAAUCCCUCUCCAGCGUCCGCCUGUUCCACCGCCACCACACAUGCAGCGUUUCCCUCCACCUCAUGGACCACGACCCCCUCACCCCAACAUGCCACUUCUACCCCCACAGAUGAUGCCCAGAGGGCCACACCCUCAAAUGAUGCACCAUGAUGCCCCUCCACCUAAAGGAGGCUUUGGGAUGCUCCCUCCUCACAACAUGAGGGCUCCUUUCCCUCCACAUGGGCAUGGCCCUCCUCCUCAAGGUCCUCCUCCACCGUUUAUUAGACCAGGGGGACCUCGUGGCCUGGAAGCGCCAGAAGAAAUGGAUGGCAGAGCUUUCAGGGGAGACAGGCCUGGAUUCAGGGACAAAGAGCCAGAGAGGGACAGGGACUGGGAUCGCGACAGAGAUCGAGAGAGAGACAGAGGUUUUGGAGGUGGAAGGCGUCAGUUUGGUGAUGGAGGAAGGGGAGGAGGGGGUGAUAGAAUGGAUGGGAGGGACCGACUAGGAGGCUGGCAAGAAGACGGAGGAGAUCAACGGGGAGGGGGAUGGGAGAGGGACAGAGAUCGUGAUAGAGACCGCGAUCGAGACAGAGACCGACGGGAAUGGAGGGAGAGGCGAAACAGCCUGGACAGGGACAGGGAGCGAGGGAGGGGUGAGGAUGGGGAGAGGGAGCGAGGGAGGGGAGAGGGAGGAGAAAGAGGAAGGGGAGAAGGAGGGAGUCGAGAAAGAGCGAGAGGAGCCGAGGUAAAAGAAGGCGACAGGCCAAGGCGGUCAGAACGACGCGAGAGGACCACGCGUUGGGACAGGGAUGAUCGAUUGGCCGAACUGGAAAAAAUGGACAGAUUUCGGACCUCAAACAGCACAGAGCAACCUCCUGUGACCCCCGUGACCCCUGUGGUUACAGACACCAGUGAAGAACAAAGUGUGGAAGCUUCUGAACAGAAGGCAGAAUCUGAACCUUUAGCUCCGUCCUCAGAGGUGACUGCUGCUGCAGCAGAGCCGAAGCCCUCUGAGCCCUCUGAGCUCUCUGAGCCCUCUGAGCCCUCACCUCCAGUUCAAAGUGAGCUCACAGAAACAAAAGAGGAAGCAGCAUCAUAGACUGGCUCACUGCUGCUUCAGCCACAGACUGCUGUGAAGCACUGAAAGAUUAAAAAAGGUGUUUUUCACGAUGAUGGUCAACCUCAACUCCUGGCAUAUGAAUUCUAGCUCGUCACAGUUUGUCAGUUAGUACUUGACAGUUUCUGGGCAGUCACUCACGUCUUGAAAACAAACAUGUCCCACACGUGUUGUCAAACAUUUAAAACUGUUAUUUUCAGACUUUUAAUGGUCUUCCUCAAAUUUGGCAUGCAUUUCUCUAAACACAUGACCACAUGAAAAUCAGUUUGGGAAAAUGACUGUAGUUAAAUAUUGGCUGUCAACUGUUUUCCCUGUAACUUGUUUGAUUGUAAGAAUGAAUGGAGUGCUUGCACGGUACCCUAGCUUGGUCCAUUUUAGGUUAAUUUGAGUUUAGCUUUCAUGUUUUUACUCAAGUUGGUUUGAAAACGGAGGAAACAAAUGACUUCUAUGACAUAAGUUUAUUUUUUACUUAUUUGCCUUAUCUCUGUGAUAGCAGGCACUCCUCAAAAUGAAUAUGUUCAUUUUUAAACAUUUUUUAAAAUAUGUCAAACACUGAACAUCUUCUCACUCAACUACACUGUAAUGUAGGUACAAUUUAUUUGUCUUUGUUGUUUUCAUCUAAUCUCUAUAUACGGAUAUCUGCAUAUUAAUGCAGAUUCUGUAGGCAACAAGAGGCAAGCCUAGGCAAGCAUCCUGGUUUCUGUCCAAAUAGUAAUGACCAAUCAUGUUUGAGCGGGUUUUGUUGGAUUGCAGGUAAACAGUCCAUGUGGAGGGCAGAUGAGGUGCAAUGCAUUGACUGAAAUAUAAUCUCAAAACCCAUGGUCUAUCAUCUGUAUCUACAUUCAUAUGCAGAUAUUGGUUUAUAGAGAUUGGCCCUAAAACAAUGACAAAAAGUAUUAAUUAUCAGAGUGUAGGCAAUGACUGACCAAUGAAAGAGGUAAGCAGGGCCAGGAUAUCAGCUGGCUACAACAGAACUCCAGAAAUAUCGUCAGCAUAGUCCUUCAUCACCAGACCUAUAAAGCUUUUUCUGCCCAAAUGAUCAUUCUUGGAUCAGGUAAAAAAACAAAAAACA